AUGUCGUCCAAGAAGGCAUCAAAAGCGAUGAACCGACCUCAGCUGUCCAAAACUGCGGCUGGAGAAUCGCCCGCUGCUGGCAAUAUCUCAUGGGCUGGACCCGCCGUGCUCGUACUUGAAGCGCUUUCAAUCCUUUUCCUCAUUCCCGUUGCAACAGUCGCAUCCCAACUUGCACUACACCCACUCUAUGGCUCGACAACCGCGUCGUUACACUUCAGCACGCUCGCGCAGGUCGCAUGUCUUUCGUCUGUCACACGUCCGACAAUGCCAGCGCAUCGAUUGUUGCUAUUCAUUGCUAUCAUCCUCGGAGCCGCGCCAAUGUCGGCAAAGGUCCUUGGAAGCUGGACAGGGCGAAUGGGCGAUCACACCUUGGGGCCAGUAAUCACACAACUCGCAAUUUCUGUUCCCCUUAUUGGGCUCGCCAGUGUCCUGCUGCGAACUCGACUCGCACCUCUUUUGCGCGGCACAAAUCCGAUUCUACCAAAUAUUCUCGCUGCGGCCAGUUUAUACGCUGGCAUUCACUACGGGGAACCUCUCCUGUGGAGGCGCAUGUCAUUUGGUGGCUUCCUAACCAGUUGUAACAUGUUUCUGGGACUGUCGAUUACCUCAUCUGUCGCAGCGGCCCUCUCGACGCCAAUCAAAGGCUCAAAGCCACACGAGGCAUCCCGUUCGCUCAUUUCAUCUGGAAUACUCCUCACAAUUCCUCUCUUUAUUACCGCAUUUUCCAGAUCCCAGUCGCCUUGUAGAACUCCCAGCCUCCCCGCGACGUUCCGGUCCGUCUACUACCCCACGCCGACAAAUGCUUCGGCCCUCUCAAAGCUGACGCAAAGUUUUGGAAUUGGCGUAUCAACACUCGAAGCUGAUCCAGAGAAUCAACCACGCAACGUUACCGUCAAUCUGCUCGCCAGGUCCGACUCGGUGACCGGUACGAUUGUGGUUGGUGAAUCUGUCGAGGAUGGGUUUCGCUUUCUCCGUGCCGACCAUUCCAUACUCGGUGGUCGGUGGAUUGGUGACAAGACCUACGGGGCACCGCUUGGGGAGAGCGUAUAUGGAGCAUUUACAUUGCAAGAAGCCGUACGCCUGGUCAAGCGUGAACACGUCAAAGAGUCGGAGAAUGUUCUCAACAUUGGCUUAGGGAUCGGUAUUGCCGCUGAUGCCUUGAUCAAGCAUGGUCACAAGGUCCACAUAGUCGAAAUUGAUCCAGCGGUAUAUACCUAUGCAAGGGGUUUCUUCAACUUGUCCGAACCGUAUGCCGUCCAUCUUGUCGAUGCCCGAGGUUGGGUACACGAGCAAUACAAACUCCACAAGGCCACGUCGGACAAAGUCUUCCACCUCGAUUAUUCCGACGCAUCGUCCUCCUCGAAACCUGGACAAUCUACAGGCGAUCUAAACGCAGACAAGUUCGCCAUGGUGAUCCAUGACUGCUUUUCUGGCGGCGGCGUACCCGCGCAUAUCUUCACGCUCGAGUUUUGGGAAGAGCUUAAGGGGAUCAUGACACCCGACGGCGUCCUGGCUGUCAAUUUUGCUGGCCACAUCGGCACUGAAGCCGCGCGUGCUAUUUGGUACACGCUCGAGCAUGCCUUUUCGCCUGCAAAAGGUGGAAGAGGAUGUCGUGUAUUCCAUGAUCGCGUCAGUGACCCUUCUAAGCCUAUAGAGGAGCAGAACGUCCUCGAGGAGGAUGCGUUCCUGAAUAUGGUGUACUUCUGCCAAAAGGACGAGGGCGCAUUGACGGAUGUGGAUAGCAAGGAUGACAAGAAGGUGGAGUUUAGGAGAGCAACAGAGGCGGAUUACUUGAGAAGUUGGUUGCGACACAUGAUCCUCUCGACGAUGUUGGAUCGUGAGGUGACCAAAGAGCAGAUUACAGGAGCAAAGGCAGCGCAGGAAAAGGGCACAGAAAUCAAAGCAGACGAGUGGAUACUGACCGAUGCAAACAAUCGGUUAGGGGAGUGGCAACACCACAGUGCCGUGGAACACUGGGGCCUUAUGCGGACCGUUAUGCCGUACAACGUUUGGGAGAUCUAUUAA